GUAUCAUGAAAGACCAUGCGUACCUGGCAGACAUUGAUCGUCUUCUUGUGCGUUCUUGGAUGUCUCUGCUAAAUGUGGAAGGUCUCACAAGCUUAAUAUCCAGUGUGCAUGUGGAUCUACUAGACAUGCUUCAUUACAUACACUUCAACAUCGGAUCUGGGAUGACCUACUCCAACUACAUGGCUUUGGAAAAGCUGGCAUCUUAUAUGAUACAGAGAGAAAGCCACCACAAUAACUGUUUUGAUGACAAAUAUGGAGAGUGCUGCCUGAAAACUGCAGUAAGGAUUCUUGGUUCUAUCUGCCGUUACACGACAGAUCCAAACCACUAUGAGGUUCCUAUGUACUUCCUUGAUCUGGUCUGUCUCAUGACCAAAGCAUACAACCACACAAACUCCCAGGCAAGAGUGGGAAUUCAUGAAGAGUCAUUUGAGGAGACAUUACAAACAGUGAGGGAAUGGCGGAGACAAACCUUCGGAAACAAACUGCUUAAUGAAUGGAAUCAUCUUCAGUUUUCUGUACCAAAUGAAAUCAAGGUAUGGGACAAGUUACUCUCACUAUCCUUCAGUCAUGAGGAACACACUUUAUUCUGGAGAACCACUUUCAUGGCAGAUUUUGAAGGAAAACUAAAACAAGAACGCCCAGUGCAUCAAAUUGGAAUAUACUCAAACAAGAUGGAAGAACUGAACAAGACAAGUCCAUUGUUAUUCAGCACAAUGGAGAAAUGUGCAUUGGAGGCAGCAGCAAUCAUUUGUCAGGAUAAAUCUGGCAAAGCUGUUUCAGCUCUAUUUGCGGAACAUGAUCUCUCAAAGUUUGGGAAGCUGAUCUCUGUUGUUGUGGUGAAGUCAUGGCCCAAAGAUGCAAAUGGACAUGAUAUCGAAGGCGAGGACUCGAUAUUUGAGUUCCUUCUAAACUGGCCAAUGGCCAAAACUGUUUUUCAAUUGACAGGUCUGAGGGGAAGAUUGAUUGACGAAUUGUCCGAUGAAGUCCAAUUUAAGAUGACUUUAGCAAGUUCAACAAUCAAAUCUGUGUUGGAGAAGAUCCUCAGUGGAGAGAUCCAGAUAAAAACUUUAAACCAAAUCUUCCAGGGAGAAUCUGAAUUUCUUGACUUGCUGAAGAUUGAUGGAUUCUGUGAUGAUGGACGUUGUAGAGAUGACAACAUGAGAGAGCUGCUAAAACUAAGAAAAGUGGAAGCAGAAGCUGUCCAUCGUGAGAAAGAGCUGGUCAAGAGUCUUCUACAAAUCUGCCAGGAGCUUCCACAACAUGUCAAAGUUGACUUCCAAGAGUUGGACAAAAAACUUCAUCAGAACAUUGAGAAGAUGAAUCUGAAUGAGUUUAUGAAAGUUCAGUCUCUUCAUGGACAAACCUCUACAAUUGGGCAGGUCACUUAUUUCAACCUUAAUGAUAAGACCCGGCAAAUGGCUUCAGAACUACUUGAAGACUUGAAGAAAGAUUUGGAUAUCAUGUGCAGAACAAAUCCAUCUGAUAACAGACAGUGGAUCACAAGAAGGAUUCAGCAGAUUCAACAGUACCAUAAUCUUCAUCUUGCAAUGGAAUCUGCUGAAAUCAUCAUGGAUAUCAGGAACACAAUAUGUCCACAUGGAGACUUUAAAGUGCUGGAGAAAUUGUUGCACAUGAAACAAGAUGACUUCAAAAAAAACAACCUGAAUUGCAUCAACGAUACCUUCAUAAAGGCAAGUGAGAUUCUGAUAGACAUUACAAAUGAUCGCAAGGAAUGUCUUCAAAAACUCAGAGUGAGCAAAGAGUUUGUCCUGUGGGUUAAAAAAGAACUUGAAGAUAUCAAUGAGCUCAAAGUUUUUGUUGACCUGGCAUCCAUCUCUGCUGGAGAAAAUGACCUGGAUAUGGAUCGAGUGGCUUGUUUUCAUGAUGCUGUCCUUGGCUACUCCUCUGUGUUGUAUGGACUAAAGCAGGACUCUGAUUUUAAGGACUUCGAGGAGUCAUUGUCAAAAUUAUGGAAAGCACUGGAAAAUGACAACAAAAUACCAACAAAGCUGUUUGAUACAGCGCGUCAUUUGGAAUGGUUAAAGACUGUUAAGGAAAGCCAUGGAUGUGUUGAAUUUUCAUCCCUGUCCCUGGCUACAUCCAUCAACAAGAAAGGGAUCUACACCAUCAAUGGCAAAAACCAGAAAAAGCUUACUUUAGAGACUUCCCUGAUGCUGGAAAUUCAGGAUGGACAUGAGAACAAUGUGACAUGCACCUAUGAGGACCUAAAAGAGUUGCAAAAUAAGCUUAUGCUCAUGUCUGGAAGAGAGAAACAAAAACAGAGUGAAGUGGAGCACUUUGCUGAGGUGUUUGACAGUGUCCAAAGACUUUCCAAAGCAUUUGUAGACCUUUAUGCAGCAGGGAACCCACUCUUCAGGUGUUGGGAAGCUAAGAUUUACUGCAAACCUCAAAGUGACCCAUGUAUCAUUAUGGACAUCAACAUCUGCAAGAUCCUGCAUCGCAUCCAAGUAUGUGGAUAUCUAGUUGAACAACUUACAGCACUGGCAAAGAAGAUGGAGUUGUUUCUUGAUGACUGGCUAAACUUCAUGGACAAACAGAGAUCAGAUCACUAUUACUUAAACUACUUCACAGCAGAACAAAUAUUCUACCUCUGCAGUGUUGUGACUCCAACAAAUGUGGAUGCACAAAUAGAAGACGAAGCUUUGAUGAUGCUUGCUUUCAUUGAACCAAACUGCACAACAUCAGAUGUUUGGAGCACAUGGAAAAGAUUUCACAACCAAUUUGAGCCUGGAAAAAGGUUUAACGAAGAUAUUGAGUUUCAAAGUCACUUUCUGAAGCAGGGAGACAGCAACAUGUCUUCAGCUGAUGCAAGUCAUUUUACAGCUGAUGAUCCAGAAAACAACGCAGACCACAAUAUUGGAUUGAAAGAACUGGAAGAGUUGUGGAAUAGCUACAUGAAAAAUGAGGGAAUCUUUUUCCAUGACCUUUUGGACAUAAGGAGUUUAGGGUGUCUGUUGAAAAUGAUGACUGUCAGAGAAAGCGAAACUGAAAAUGAAUGGGAAGAACCAGUGCUCUCAGAAUCAAAAGACAAGUCACUCAGAAGAAGUCUCCCAAAAGGCCUCUACUCAAACCAACCUAAUAUCAUAAUCUGCCCACAAUAUGAGGUCCUGACUUCAAGUAUUUGCUUGUACAUGGCCAGUGAUUAUCAGCCACUGCCAAGUUAUGAUGAGGUUCUCUUGUGUUCCCCCGCAACAUCUUAUGAGCAAGUAGAGCUUUUCCUGAGGAGAUGCCUCACACAAGGUGACAUCGGCCAGAAGAUUUAUACAAUGCUUUGGGCUGACCAACUCACCUAUGAUGUUAGCUGUGCAAUGGAGAAGUGUUUUAAAAAACUGCGGUCGCUGUUUAAACGUGAUUACAGGCUAGUGAUCUUUUGUAGCUCUGACAGGGAACACACUUACAUUCCUACUGCAUUCAGUCAGUUCAAAAGAGACUUUGUGCCGCAAGAGCCAUUGGAAAGGAUUCAGAAGUACUUGUCCAGGCAUUACACUGUCCCCUCACAUCAUGGGAAUGCCGCCUUUAAAGGUGGCCAUUCAGCUGGCAUUGUUGCUUCCAGACGUGCAGGAGUCGGCAAGUCAUUGUAUGUCCAAAGAGUGUAUGAAAAGCUGGAGGGAAGUGUUGAACAAGGAACUGCAUUUAAGAAGUGCAUCCGACUAACUGAACAUGAGGUUGAUGACUACAAAGUUCUCCAGUCCUUGUAUGACACACCAAAACAAAAAUAUUUCAAGUUGUUUCACUUUGAUGUCACAUCCUCGGUGCAAAAGGGCUUGAAUGAAUUCCUAUUCAAGCUUUUCUUUUUACGGUACCUGAUGGAUUCAGAUGGACGGAUGUGGCGCUGCAGCCACAAACACUUGUACAUCGUCGAGUUACUGGAAUCCACAAACAAUCAGCCCAGACCUGGGCGGAAGGAGAACUUUGCAUUCUCAGAUGUUUUCCCAAAGGUGUUUUGUCGUCCACCAAAGGAGGUUAUGACUUUGGAAAUGAGAAAAGAGGAAAACUCUGACAUGAAAAGUGAUGAACCCCUCAUGGAUGAUGAAUGUUUCAGGAGUGAAGCUUAUCAGAGAUCAUAUCAGUACCUCACACGUUUUUACAACAAGAUGAAUCUUGACAACUUUACUUACCAUGGAAUUGAAGGGACUCACGCAAAGUGUCUUCAGAUGCUCUUGCUCCACUGUGGUGUUUUUGAUCCAUCUUGGGCAGAGCUACGCAACUUUGUCUGGUUCCUUAAUCAUCAGUUGCAAGAUUGUGAGAAUUCAGUCUUUUGCAAUUCUGAGUUUGUUGGAGACACUCUUCAAGGGUUCAAAAACUUUGUUGUUGAGUUCAUGAUCUUGAUGUCCAAAGACUUUGCAACCCCAUCACUUUGCGUUACUGACCAGAGCCCAGGGAGUCAACAAAUUGACAUUAGUAGGCUUAAUGAGAGAGACCUGGCCCCAUUCCUCAUCAGAAAAAGGUGGGAGUCUGAGUCACAUCCAUACAUCUUUUUUAAUGAUGACCGCAUGUCUAUGACUUUCAUUGGGUUUCACCUGAAGCUCAAUGACCAGAGAGGGGUUGAUGCCAUAAAUCCCUUGACAGGAGAGGUGAUAAAGAGAAACAUCAUGACUCAAGAGCUGUACACUGGCUUAAGACAUCAGAGAGUCCCUUUAAAUAUGGAUAUUGAUCAACUUUCUCGUGCUGACAAGAUUGGGCAUCUGUGCAGUGUGCUAGGCAUCAAGUGGUCAAUAGAUCCUGAUGAAACAUAUGAGCUGACCACCGAUAAUAUUCUCAAAAUGAUGGCAAUUCAUAUGAGAUUUAGAUGUGGCAUCCCAGUCAUCAUAAUGGGUGAAACAGGAUGUGGUAAGACGAGGCUUAUCAAGUUUAUGUGUGAGUUGAGAAGGUGUGGAGCACUGACAGAAAACAUGAAACUGGUUAAGGUUCAUGGAGGAACAACAUCAGCAAUGAUACAUGAGAAAGUUGUGGAAGCAGAAAAUCUUGCAAGGAUCAAUAAAGAGAAACACAAAUUGGACUCAGUUCUUUUCUUUGAUGAGGCAAACACCUCAGAAGCCAUAAGCAGUAUCAAGGAGAUACUUUGUGAUAACUCUGUGCAGGGACAACAACUCUGCUCUCAAACAGGACUACAGAUCAUUGCUGCGUGCAAUCCCUACCGGAAGCAUACAGACAAGAUGAUUGAAAGGCUGGAGACAUCUGGACUGGGCUACCGGGUCAGGGCUGAGGAGACUGAAGACAGACUUGGCUCCAUCCCUCUCCGCCAGCUUGUGUAUCGUGUUCAUGUGUUACCCCCCAGCAUGAUUCCUCUUGUUUGGGACUUUGGGCAGCUCAGUGACUCAACAGAGCAAAUGUACAUUGAACAAAUAGUGCAAAGACAAGCAAAUGCCACCUCGAUUGCAAGCAGUUAUAUUCCAACUCUUACUCGGGUAUUGUCAUCAUCACAAAAGUUCAUGAAAGAGAGGAAAGAUGAAUGCAGCUUUGUCAGUUUGAGGGAUGUUGAACGUUGCAUGCACGUGUUUGUGUGGUUCCACAAAAAUCACUCCAUGUUUGCUGCGGAACUGAGAGCGUUCCUUCAAGAUCCAUCUCAGAAAAAAUACAGAGAGAGGUUUUCAUUUUUACCUGCUCAUGACAAAGUAAUCUGGUCACUCUUGAUGGCCACUGCAGUGUGCUAUCAGGCCCCCUUGGAGGACAAAGUGCCUUAUCAGAAAACUAUCAGCCAGUUGCUUCCUCCUGAAUAUGACACAAGGAGAGUACAGCAGGAAAUCCAUCUUAUGAAGGACCUCAUACUCAGUGGUGUACCCAUGAGUAAGACAAUAGCCAGAAAUGAGGCUUUGAAAGAAAACUUCUUCAUGAUGGUGAUCUGUGUUGAGCUAAGAAUUCCCUUGUUUAUUGUUGGGAAACCAGGGAGCUCCAAAUCACUGUCCAAAACCCUUAUUGCAGAUGCAAUGCAGGGCCCUGCCUCACAUUCUGAACUUUUCAAGAGGCUGAAGCAAAUACAUCUGGUGUCUUUCCAGUGCAGCCCUCAUUCAACUCCUGAAGGAAUCAUCAGCACAUUCAAACAGUGUGCCCGCUUUCAGGAAAAUAAAAACUUGGAUGAAUACAUCUCAGUAGUUGUUCUUGAUGAGAUUGGAUUGGCUGAAGAUUCCCCUAAAAUGCCUCUGAAAACAUUGCACCCAUUACUGGAAGAGGGUUGUGUCGAUGAUGAGCCAGAGUCACAUAAAAGGGUUGGAUUCAUUGGAAUUUCCAACUGGGCACUGGACCCUGCCAAGAUGAAUCGUGGAAUAUUUGUGUCCCGUGGAGAUCCAAACAAGAAAGAGCUCAUCAAAACCGCAAAAGGGAUAUGCUCCUCAGAGGAAAUGGUUCUUCGAUGGAUCGAUUGCCUCUUUGAGCCUUUUGCAAAAGCAUAUACGGCAGUAUGCGAAGAAAGCAGGGGUUUUUUUGGUCUGCGGGAUUUCUACAGUCUGAUAAAGAUGACAUUUUCAGCUGCCAAAAACAACAAUGAGAAACCCACUGCAGAACAAAUCACUGGAGCAGUCCUGAGGAACUUCAGUGGAAAAGACAAUGUGGAUGUGAUGGGCAUAUUCAGCCAAGAACUCAGAGAUGAUUUUGCCAAUGCCAGCCUCACCAACAUUGAUUUGGUUGAGCAAAGCAUCUCUCAAACUUGCCAAGUAGACGAAAGUCGUUACCUUCUGAUCCUCACAAAGAACUGUGCAGCUCUUCAGAUUCUCCAACAAAUAUUCCUCCGUCACAAAGUCCAUCCAGAGAUCAUCUUUGGGUCUAGUUUUCCAAAGGAUCAGGAGUACACACAGAUUUGUAAAAACAUCAAUUGCAUCAAGGUUUGCAUGGAGACUGGACAGACAGUUGUGCUCCUGAACCUUCAGAAUCUGUACGAAAGUCUGUAUGAUGCUCUCAACCAAUACUAUGUGACACUAGGGGAUCAAAAGUAUGUUGAUCUUGGAUUAGGAACACAUCGUGUAAAAUGCAGAGUUCACAAAAACUUCAGGCUCAUCGUCAUUGAAGAAAAAGAGGUGGUCUAUGAGCAGUUUCCAAUCCCACUGAUCAACAGGUUGGAGAAACACUACCUUGACAUCAACACUGUUCUUAGAAAUGAGCAGAAGGACAUCUCCAGACAACUACAUGAAUGGGUUGAUGAGUUUGUCUCGUUAAGCAGUCAACACCCCAUGAAAAAACGAUAUGUUCCAAGUGAUGUCUUCAUUGGCUACCACUCAGACACAUGCUCCUCUGUGGUCUUGCAAGUAACAAAGAAUGAAAGUGAAGCAGAUGCUCAGACCAUUUUGAACAAAGCCAAAGAUGUUCUGCUAAAUUGUGCCACUCCUGACUCAGUUGUUCGCUUGGACAAAUCCAGACUGCCUGAUGAGGAAAGAGAGAUUUUAAUGUCAAAAUAUGUUAAAGAGGAGAUGCACAAAUCACUGGGCGAUUACAUUGUCUAUCACACACAGCAGUUGGAACAGUCCCAGUUCAUCUUCACUGAGGUCACAACGUUUUCCAGGCUGCUGACUGCAGCAGACACUCAACAACUGCAGAAUGUGACACAGAUUGAUGAUAUCAAGCUGCUAUCAGUGCAACAGUUUGACACAGAGUACUCAUUCCUCAAGAAAAUCAGGGAAUUUCUUGGCUCAACACCUGCAGAGAAAGUAUUCAUUAUCCAAACAGACUAUGAUGAAGACUGCCUCAGGAAGAAUAUUCUUUCCUCAGCCAAGUAUUCAUGUAUCAACGAAAUGAACAAGUGGCCUGCUACUGACAAUGGAAAGAUAUUUGUGUACUUUAUCAUCAAACUUCCUCGAAUUGAGGGUGGGACGUCCUUUGUCGGUUUUCAAGGCGGUCCUUGGAGGUCUGUUCACAUUGAUGAUCUCAGAAGAUCAAAAGAGUUUGUGUCAGAUGUUCAUUCCUUGAAAAAUCGACGUCUAAGUGAAUUUUUUGAAGAUCCACCUGAGGCCAUGGACUCAGACGACCACAGCGGGGUGCCACAAAAUGAUGUCUCCACUGUUUUGGGAGAUGUGUUUGAUGUAACAGAUCUGAUGAGGAGCUGUGUGCAGAGUGCAGUAAGCAUGCUCAGAGAUGCAGCAGACAGUGGAGAACUCAGCACAAAGAGAGUUGAGAACCUGCUCACACUUCUGGAUGGAAGUCAGACAGAAGGUCUGUUUGCUAACAUACUGAGGAAACGCCUCCACUUGCUGUUAGAGAACUAUGAGGCCAAUGUCCCCAAUCCAAAAAGCUGGGUUCUCAUGGAGGCGUUCAAUGUCAGUUCUCUUCAAGAAGGAGGAACGUUCCUACACACACUGUGGAGGAAAAUCCAAGCAGUUGUCACUCCACUUCUAGCCAACUUGGUGUCUGUCAUUGACCGAGAUUGCAAUUUGGAGCUUCUGCUGGAUGGCACUGAUGACAUCAGGAAUCUUUGGCUUGAGAUAUUUGGGAGCAAAGAGAUGCUCAGUAUACCUUAUGUGAAGGUGGAAAGCAACUCCAGUGUCUUAAUGGUACAAAGCCAUUGCCUGGGGGGAAACGCCAUGCGCUGCGUUAUGCCCUUCAGCUGGUGGAUCAAAGACUUCUUGGAUGGGGUCAUGAUGCAAACAACCAGACAUGAAACUUGUUUACCUCAUCAUUUCCAAGAGUUGUUCUUGAACACACCACUUGGCAGUUAUAUUGCUACAAAUGUGAAUGCAAAAAUGAAGAAAGAAUUUUUUCAAAGGUACCUGCAGGAUUUUGUUUCCAUGAGCAUGAAAGUGGCAUCAGAUGAAGAAUUGCAGCUCUUGUGUCAGGCCCUGGCCAGCUGUGUUGAUGAAGUACGGGCACGAAGAGGAGAUGAAGACGAGCUUUCUCUUUCUCACAUCCACAUUGCCUACCAUAUCUACCAAAGUCGUCUUCAGAACCUCUCACGAAUGAUAUCUCUUCAGCCAGUUGUUGCUUCUCAUUUGCGAAGAAUCCAGCAAAUUCGAAAUUGUCCAGAGAUGGUUUUGGAUGUCCAUGCAGCCAUGGCAUGUGUUGAAUGCCUAGAGUCUCCUACUUUGGAUACGAAUCCUCUCUGCCAGCGCUGGCUGAAACAGGUGAAGAGGCUACAAGCCUCUCUGGAAUUGAUUUGCUCUCACCAGAACACCAAACUAUACGGAGAGCGAUGCAAAGAAAGACUUCCCACAGUAAGAAACGGCUGGAAGCGCAUCUACAUCCUCUCAUUGUUUGUGGAACACAUGCUUCUGGAUUUCCAGAAUCAGAACGAGAAUCCGUUCAAAACACUGGUCCUGAAUCACAUUCAAACCUUAAGCAGGGUUCUGGAGGGAAACUCAGAUGUAAAAUCAAUGCAGGCAUUUCAAGCUGUAAUUAAAGUACUGAAAUCCUGUACACAGGGGGCAAGUGAUCAGAUUUUCAGGUUUGGAUUUCAGUGUGCAGUGUGCAUGAGGAAGCCUGAGAUCCCUGUAGGGUUGCCGUGCCAUCACAUCUACUGCUCAACAUGCAUCAGGGAAAACCUUGAUGCAGGGAAUACUUCCUGUCCUAAAUGCAAGCAGCAGUUACCAAACGGAUUUCAGCCACAUGUCUCUGAAGAUAUCAGGAUUUCUGUCAAGAAAAUUGCAGAAUUCAGGUGCCGUUGCAAUGGUUUCUUCAUCGAUUUGCUGUCCACUGUGUGUUUCAAGGACAAUACACCACCAACUAGAGAUGUCAUUACCCAUCUUUUGUCAUUCCUGAUGGUUGAGACAGAAUUUAAUCAGAUUUACACCAAAGAUCUGUCACCCUUUGAUGAGUCCCCAGAUAAAAACCCAGUUAUACGAUCUGUGAUCCUCAAGCUGAUGCUGAAGUUCAGCUUUGAUAAAGUCCAGGAAUAUUUGCAGCAGCAUUUGUCAUCUGUUGAAAAAAGCAAAUUUGUGGAUGAGGAUGACAAAGCAGAGCUUUAUGCCUUGUACAUCAACUGUUUGGAGGACUCCAUGUGGGAAAAAAUGCCCCAGAAGAGCAACAAGGCUGGAGAACUGAUGCCAUUUUACAAUGAUGAAAUGCAGUUCCUGCAAUUCCUUUUGGCUGAAGUCACUACUGUUCCAGCAACAGUGUCUAUUCAACAUUUGCAGCACAUUGCACGAUUGCGUCUCACCCUCACCAUGGCUGCCCAGCUCAUCAGUGACAACAUGUAUGAAAACACGGUCCCAGAUGGAGCACAAGAUUUCAUGAGCAUGGUGAUUAAGCUCUGUGAGGAUAGUGGGAAUGACUGGUUCCGCAUUUACCUGAUCCGCAAGCUCAGUAAAUGGCAUGGUGUUGAGUCUGUCCAGGCGCUGGUGAAAGAACCAAAGUUCAGCUGGCUUUUCCCUAGAGAGAUCCUUCAGCAGAAUGAAGAUGCAGGCCAAAUGGACCAGUUCCUAGUGUAUGGAGAGGAGUACAAGGCAGUGAGGGAUGCUGUUGCCAAGGCAGUAGUGGAUGGUAGUGUCCAGCAGAUAGAAGAUGUCUGUGAGAAUUGCACUGCACCACCACGGAAUCUAACAAUGUUCAUCCUCCUGGCGCUUUUCCGAGAGGUUACUACUCUGUACAGAUCUGCAAAUACAGGUUUUCAUCCGACCCCUGAGCGAUGCCAAGCAUUUGGAGAUCUCAUCCAGGGCUCGAGGUAUCUACAUCAAAGAGAUGUAAGGGACUUUGCCUCAGCAUUGGUUCACAACAGUUUGGGAGCCUUGGCCAUAAACCCUGGUCAUACUACUGUGGACUACGCUAUCAUUGAGCUGACCAUUCAUCUGGCAGCCGUGCUGCUCACUGGGACUCACCAACUUGUGAUGCCACUCAAGAAACUUGGUCUGUUUCCUGAAAAUAUGCAGAGGGCAUUUAUACCCACAAUGCCUGAUGACAUGUUGGCUGUUGCCCAGGCAGCUAUACAACAAAACUACGGGAACCUCACUUGGUAUGUGUGUCCAAAUAAUCAUCCAUGCUUUGUUGAUGAGUGCGGCUUGCCCAUGCAGAGAGGUCAAUGUCUGGAGUGUGGUGAGGAGGUUGGAGGGGAGCGUCAUAUCGCCUUGCAUGGAUUCAGACCAAUUCAGUUGCAGCCGGAUCGCACAAGGCCCGGCCACAUCCUGGGAGACCCUGAGCGUAGAAACAACCAAGACACCAAAAACAUGUCCCUGUGUUCCUUCACCCUGGUCAGGCUUGUUACACAUUUGGCAAUGUUGCUGGGAGCCUCAGAGAAGCCCCAGCUUGUUCAAACCAUCAUUCAGCCACCAGUGGAGGAUGUUACAUUGUUUCUCAGUCAACACACAAUAAAGGAUUUGGAUCAACUGUCACAGGCACUGGGAAGAGGAGCUGACGACACUAUUACGACUGUCCACUUGGUGCUCAAAUCCCUGCAAGAGCUAGUGUCAUCCAGUCACUCUGGUAUUGAUCCUUGCCUCACAACCAAAGCAUCCAGAAACACCUGGGACUCUACAGUGGCUGCAGAUAUUAUGACUCCUCAGUUAAGGGAACUUGAGCAAUCCCUGCAAGAAGCAAAGGCAAGCAUCAGGACUGACUCCCGUGUAUCCUCCAACUUCAUCAUGAGAACGAUCUCUGGUGAUGAUUGUAGCUUCCUGCCGUCACUGCCACAGGGCUGUCAAGUCCAUAGCUCACCAGUGUGGAGCUGCAGGGACAGGCUCUCAUUGCUAAGCCUCACACACACUGUGGAGCAGUUUGACCAAAAGGAGGAGCUGCCUCUUCUCUGGAGGUUCCUGCAGAAGGAGAGAGAAUUUCGGCAGAUUAAGCUCCUUCCAGACAUCCUAAUCCUGCAGAAACGCUUGGUGAGAAAGUUCCAGAACAGAACUGACCAGAUAGUGGGCUCCAUCGCAGAGUUCAUUGAGGGGCAAAAAGAAAUGAGGACAUGGUUUGAGAAACACAUUAACAUCUUCCUUACGACAUGGAAUCUGCUCAGAGUGUCUGUAACUACCAAUGAGAUGAAGAUCCCAGAUGAAUUUUGCGGCCAGGAUUUGGACCUUAACAGUGACCUGCAGUAUCUCCUCCCUCGGCGGCAGGGUGCAGGCCUGUGUGCCACAGGGCUUGUUAGCUACUUGGUGGCACUACACAAUGAGCUGGUGAACGCUGUGGAUAACCACACAGGAGAGGAUAGCAGCAGUUACAAGGUGAGUGUGGCAGAGGUAACGGAGCAGCAUGUGAUCCGCUAUGAGCUGGACAAGGACCUGCUUCCUCUGGUUUUAUCCAAUUGCCAAUACAGCUUGGAACGAGGCCAUGAGACAAUAUCACAAUAUGACCUGCCCAGGAUCCAGCAUCAGAUCCUCACUCGCUUCCUGCAGGGAAAACCCCUUAUCACCCGCACAGGGAUUCCCACUCUGGUCAACACACAAGAGAGAGACUAUGAAACCAUUUUCAAAGCUGUUAAAGAAAAAGUGUGUCAGGAUGUUCUGUCCUCUCUGGCCUGCAAUGCCUUGUCCAGAGAGCUGGACUCCUACAAUGAGGUAUGUGAGGCACUGAAGAUCGCGGAGCUGCUCCUGGGUUUCAUCUCAAUGACUGGUGGUGAUCCCAUGAUGCCUCUGGCUGCUUACCUCCGGGACAUCCUGAAGAUGGCCGACCACAUAGAUCGUCACAUAUUGCAGGCUCUGGGCAGAUGCAACCUCAAACACUGUGUUUCUCUGUGGCAACUCCUCUCCUCCCUCAAAUCUGAAAACAUGCUGCAUCUCAAGAGGGAGCCCUUUGCAGGUUAUUCAGCUGAGUACCUGAGGCCACUGACAGAGGACGACAAGAUUGAGCUGAAAGGCUUUAUGACCAGGGGAAACGUGGACCAAUGGUUGCUUGAGAUGCAUGAGUUUAUCCUGUUGAGUCUGGGCCGCAUAAGGGCCAUUGAUGACUACAAACCAACCUGGAGUGUAAAAGAGACGGUGGGUGCCUACAUGGACAGUAAGGAAGUGGAUGUGCCUCGUUACGUGGAGGAAAUGUUUCCUGAAAAUCUGCUGCUGUCCCAGAUUGUGGAGACCUGGAAAUACGCUGUCGCUGCCAAAAACGACUGGAUGAAGCAGGGAUGAGCCACAUUUGAGAGAUUGAAGUUUAAUUUCUCAUCACCCAAACAAGUCUGAUUUCAUUUUUUCUUGUACUUGAUUUUUCUAUUUUUAAGAUUUUUCUUUUAUAAUUAUGUAUGAAAGAUGAAAAACAAUUAAGGGCACUUUAAAGAAUGAAGCAUACCAAAACUGAUUGAACAUGAUUUUAAUGCUGGCUUGUGUAUUUUAUUAUCAAGAGCCGGCUACUCAUUUACUGCCUUUUGUCAGAAUAUUAUAGAUAAUUUUAAUAUUUACUGUGUGAGCCUUGUUCAAAGAAAAUUUCAGGAUCUACUCAGGAAUAUGUUGUAUGACUUCGACAAGCAUAUACUGUUACUAUAUACUGUUUUAUAUUAUCUGUUUCAGGAUUACAUUUUUGUGUUGAAAUUAAUUUUGCAAUUGACCACCAGAAUCUCAUAACAAGGGUGAUGAGUCUGCACUGUGGUGUGAUAAACUAGCACAGAAAAAAUUGUACUUCACAUUUUGCUUUUUUUUAAUUUUAUACUUUUUUAUUUUAAGUUUUAAUUUUAUUACACAUUUAAGUACAAAUGGCCAAUUGUUUGGAACUGAUUGCAGAGGGUCAGUUCAAUGUUGUUGAUUUAUGUGUUUUUUUUAUCAUUAGUAUUUUUAUUUUGGUUAUAAUGAAACCCACAUUAUAAGGCUCUAUGUUCAGAGUGAGUUAUGUCACCCAUGAGUGAUGACAGGCAUGUUUGAAAGCCUGGAUAUGGGUGUGUUUAAGCUUUAGAAUAUAUAAAACCAGAAAUGGUAAGCAAAAUGUCUAUAAAAUCCUUAAGUCUUAGAAUUGUAUCAAUGAAAUAACAUUUUUUAAAUGUCAAAUAAUACAUAACAUGUUAUAAGGCCUGCGAUCUAAAAUCUGCUCACACUGUGGCCAACAAAACCCCAAAGGUAUCUGCUUUUAUGUAAAACUGUGGAAAGCAAGAAGCCUUUCACAACUGUAUACCUGUAAGCAGCCAGAGUUCUUAUGUUUUCUCUAAAUGUGCGAUUUUUAAGUUCAGAAAUUUUUACAUUUGUGUUACUAAUUAAUUAAUCAUUUGAAUGAGUUAUCACUUUUCACAUGUGCAGUGUGAGACAUGAUCAGUCAUGCUAGUAUACAUUGUUUUUAGUAUGAAUUGAUUUUUACUCAAGUAGGAGAAAGGACAGUGAGGUAGUGUCCAAUAAAGUUAUUUGAUUAUAUCUUUUCUCAUAAUAUUUUUGUGCAUUUUUAUUUUAUUUUAUUUUUUACUUUAUUUGCCUGAUUGCAGUCCUGAAAUGGCGGUAACAUUUUUUAAAUUGUUUAAAUGUUUAUAAAUAUAUUAAAUCAUUUAUGUGAUCAAAGCACUGAUAACUGAGACUUUGUUGAAAACUGCAAUGUUGAAUUUCUAUCUCUAUUUUAGAAUAUAUAGUCCACAUGCACCUUUUUUCAGCUGUCCUAAGUCCACUUUUUUAGAACAUAACCUUUCACCUGUUAUUUUUUCACAUACAUCAAGAACUACAGUAUCUAUAUAGAAUUUAAAGGACACACUGAUGCAAGGGGAAAGAAUGAGUGUAGCUGUAAAAUUUUGUA